AUGAUCUCUUUAGGAGCUGUAAUAAUAUUAAUUCUCUGUAAGUACCACCGGCUAUAGAACACAGCUGUGUGUUAUUAUUUUAUUACAAUAUUUGUGGUGAAUAUCUUUCCAGGCAUUUAAAAGUAACUGUUGACAUCUGCAUUACAUUUAUGUAUUAAUGUACUUUGUUUUAUUCAUGUGAUUUCUAAGAAAAUGUGUCUUUAUGUUUUAGGUUCAUCUUGCAGUUCAAAUAUUAUCCAGACACCCAAUGAGGAUGUUUUAGCAGGAAAAGAUGUUAACCUCACCUGUGAACACCCCUCUCUUACUACUGGUGACUAUAUUCACUGGUACAAAAUGGUCCCUGGUCAGGGACUCAGAUUCCUAAUUAGUGGAUUCAAGCUAACUGCAAAUGCUGAAUAUAAACUGGUAUUUGCUGAAGACAGAAAGUCCAGCGUUCUCCUUAUGCAGAACAUCAGACCUGAGCAGACUGCAGUGUAUCUCUGUGCUUCAAGUGACACAGUGCUACAGACAAACUUACAGCCUGUAUAA